UACAAUUACAAUCACAGCAGCAGUGAACAUGAUUGUGCCAAGAAAAUUGAUGUGUUAAUGUUAACUUUACAGCUGUUACCCAGUAUAUUGACUUGCAGUAUGUUCCGCUCCAAUUCAGUCACGGCGAUUUAGUCUCGAGUACUUCGACUUUGCUCAUCUCUAAUACAAAAGUAAACAACGAUGGUUUGUGCGCUGGGCAUCGAGGGCAGCGCCAAUAAAAUUGGCAUUGGUAUAAUAAACAAUGGCAAUGUUCUGGCAAAUGUACGACGUACAUACAUAACGCCGCCCGGCGAAGGUUUUUUACCUAAGGAAACAGCCAAGCAUCACCGCGAGGCAAUUUUGGCACUUGUGCAGGCGAGUUUGAAGGAAGCACAAUUAAAGCCUUCUGACUUGGAUGUCAUUUGCUAUACAAAAGGUCCGGGCAUGGCACCCCCACUACUAGUAGGCGCCAUUGUGGCACGCACUUUGUCGCUGCUCUGGCAGAAACCUUUGCUGGGCGUGAAUCAUUGCAUUGGCCACAUCGAAAUGGGUCGCCUGAUAACAGGUGCUGAAAAUCCAAUUGUGCUGUAUGUGAGUGGCGGAAAUACCCAAGUAAUUGCCUACUCCAAUAAACGAUAUCGCAUCUUUGGCGAAACCAUAGAUAUUGCUGUGGGUAACUGCUUGGAUCGAUUCGCGCGCAUUAUUAAGUUGUCGAAUGAUCCAAGCCCAGGCUAUAACAUAGAACAGCUAGCGAAACAGGGCAAACAGUAUAUCAAAUUGCCCUACGUCGUAAAAGGAAUGGACGUCAGUUUCUCUGGUAUUUUGUCACACAUCGAAGAGUUGGCAGAUCCUAGCAAAAGACGUAAUAAGCGUAAAAAGCAACAGAAUGAAUCGGAGCCCGAAUAUAGUCAAGCGGAUUUAUGCUACUCGCUGCAGGAAACGAUCUUUGCUAUGCUGGUGGAGAUUACAGAGCGAGCCAUGGCGCACUGCGACUCUAAUGAAGUGCUGAUAGUCGGCGGAGUUGGUUGCAAUGAGCGUCUGCAGCAAAUGAUGGGUAUUAUGUGCGAGGAACGUAAUGGCAAAGUCUUUGCUAUCGACGAACGCUACUGCAUCGACAAUGGUUUGAUGAUAGCUCACGCAGGCGCUGAGAUGUUUAAAGCAGGCGCUGAAAUGCCUCUGGAAGAUGCCUUCGUUACACAACGCUAUCGCACGGAUGAAGUGUUGGUAAACUGGCGAAAGGAUUAGCUUAAAUACAUUUUA